GUAUCUAGCCGGUUAAACCGCUAAAUGUAACUAACUUUUGGUUAACUGGUGUAGUUAGAGUAGUGCUGUACAUUGUGCAAUAUUUACUAAACUUGUGAAAGUAAAUUAGACCAGACUAGACAUACCUUUCCAUUUCAAAGUCGAAGAAUUAGUUGCAGAACUAAUUAAAUGCUGUGAUUUACAAAUACGAAGUAUACUAUGGUAGCUUUCAAAGUAUUCCAACUGGUAGGUUUACUACUGGUUGCUUCAACCAGGGCUACACAAGAAUCUCUUGGCAGUGAUUUUGAUGUUGUUGUCGAUAUGACGUCAAGUGUCGGAGACUUGAGGAGAAUCUGGGAUAACACUGGAUUAAGUCCUCCUGGACCAGGUGAAGCUGCAAUGGAGUAUUUAACAUCAAAAGAGCAACUUGUUAACCUUGCCCUCAUCGGUUCAUUGCCUUUCAAGGGCAUAUCACAUGUGCGAAUACACUGGCUUUUGGAUUUAAUAACUGUGAAUUAUACUGAUGUUGAACCACUCUUCAAUUUCCAGUCUCUGGAUUAUCUGAUUUGGUGGCUUAAGGUGCACAGGAUGAAACCCGGAUUUGAGCUCAUGGGCAACCCGGGAGGCAUAUUCAAUGAUCUUAAUUCCAAUCCGACAACGUUGACUUUGUGGGAGAAGUUCAUAUCGAAUUUAGCUGCUCAUUAUAUUAGUAAAUUUGGCAAAAGUGAAGUUGAAAGAUGGAGAUUUGAACUAUGGAAUGAGCCAGAUUCAACGCAGUACAACAUCCUAAAUCUGACAACUACUGGGUACUUGAAGUACGCACUGGCCUCUAUGAGAGCACUGGAAUCUUACAAUCUGAGCAUAAGUGGUCCUGCUGACACAUUCCGAGACUUUGAGCACCACAACAUCAGUUGGAGUCUUCUGCAGAUGUGCAACACCUUGCUGGCUGUCACGGGAAAAUGUGGGCUGAACACCAUCACGUUUCACAAGAAAGGAGACGGGGACGCACAACAAGUGUUUAACAGUUCUGCCGAGUUCUUUUCAACCGCAACCACUGUUUACCCGUUGCUCAAGACAAUUCCAUUCGCCAACAAUGAAGCUGAUAUUUUGACGGGGUGGUGGCGAGAGGAAGAGUGGAGGGGAGACGUGAACUACGCAGCUCGUGUAGUGGAGAUAUUGACCACCUUCCUUGCGACUGUAAACCAACAAAACUUCUCAGUGGCGUACAUAAGCAACGAUAAUGGAUUUCUAAAUCAAUUUCCAGCCUAUUUCAAUCAACGUACUUUACUCACCAGGUUCCAGAUGAACUUUACCGAAGACCACCACAACCAGUUUAUCCGCAAGCCUGUGAUGGUUACCAUGGCUUUGCUGAGUUACCUCGGACCGAAAGAAAUGCCAGUUUUCCUGAGACAUCUGACUAAUUCAUCAGAUCCUGAUUCAAGGAUAUCGGUGUUAGCUGCUGGGGACGGUGUGGAUGUAGGCCCUGGUUGGAGUGCCGCUGUGGUGUUGGCUGUCAGCGCACUUCAGCCCGACUGUCCAGACAAGACACUCCAACUCAACCUCAGACUCCCUCCUUAUAUAGAAUUCAUGUAUGUGGUGUAUCAAUUGGACAAUGUGUUAACAAAUCCUAAAAAUAUUUGGGAGAAGAAUGGAAAACCGGACUUCCCAGAUGCCAGCCUUCUGGAUGAAAUGAGAAGCAAUGAGGGCCCAUAUGUAGGUCAGACAGGCAGUGUAGUGGGAGACUGGGAGAUUAUCUCCUUGCAGAUCAAGUGUCCCAGCGUUGCUCUGGUUCAUGUGUGUGUCCGCCCACAAAAUCCGCCUGGAAAGGUUCUCCAACUUCAUGCAGUUAAUAUUACGUUCAAUGAAGUUCUUCUCUUGUGGCAAGAUUCCAAUACAAGGUGUGUGAAGACGUAUGAAGUGUUCUUCUGUUCUGGAGCCUGUCUGAAUGAUGAGUACCAACUGAUCACCAACAGGACUGUUUUAAUGUUGGCCUACCAGUUCAAAACCACGACUAAUCCUGAUGGUACGGAAGGAUCAAGAGGAAAAUAUAAAGUUCGAGUACAUGAUUAUUGGGAUCAACUUGGAGCUUUUUCGGAUGUCUUUGUUUAUCCAUAAAAAGAAUUCAAUACAAGCUCUAUUUGUGUAUAAUUUUAUCGUUGAUUUUAUCUGUAAUGUACAAUAAAAAUCUUUUUAUAAGACUGAA